ACAUAUUAGCGAUGCCAUUGUGACAAGCAACAAUGGUGCAUUGCAGCUUACAGUCGGUUGUAAUGCUGAUUGAAGUUUUCAGGGUCUCCCACUCCCAUCUCCGCAGAAGAUGAUUGUAUGUAGACUCAUGGCGACAAUAUAUCCAUGUGGUUGGACGAAAUGCUAUCAAUGGUGAUACUUAAAACCCCCAAAACUGGUAUGUUGCGGCACGCACUUCGCGGCACAAAGUAUGAAGCCGUGAUAUAGGUGAAUAUUGUAUUCUAGGCUGCAGCAGCGCACAUAAAAGAUUUUGCUUCCCAUCUUGAAAAAACACUAUAAAGGGCCGGCAAAGCGACCCACAAUGGCGGACAAUCAAGUGCUCACACACGUCAACUUGGAGCGUCAAGGCUUCAGCAAGGUCGCCAGCGGCAAAGUGCGUGAGAUAUAUAAGCUAGACGAGCACACUCUACUAUUCAUCGCCACCGACCGUAUCUCAGCUUACGAUGUCAUACUUGCAAAUGGCAUCCCCGGCAAAGGUUCCCUGCUCACCCAGCUCUCUGCGCACUGGUUCGAUUUAAUCAAGUCCGAGAUGCCGGAAUUGAAGACUCAUAUGCUCACCACGGCACUACCAUCGAGCGUCCCGAGUCAGUUACGUUUGGUGCUAGAAAACCGCACGAUGCAGGUCCGCCGAUACCCCAUCCUACCAAUCGAGUCCAUUGUCCGGGGCUAUAUCACCGGCUCAGCGUGGGCAGAGUACAAGCGCGCUGGCACCGUCAACGGCAUGUCGAUGCCAGAAGGUCUCCAGGAGAGCCAGCGGUUAGAAAAGCCGAUCUGGACGCCGAGCACCAAGGCUGAGGCUGGAAUGCACGACGAGAACAUUUCCGAGGCUCGUGCUGCCGAGAUAAUUGGAGAUGAUGUCGCAAAAAUGGUGGAAGCAGCAUCACUGAAGCUUUACGAGAUGGCCAGGGACUAUGCUGCCGCUCGUGGUAUAUUAAUCGCAGACACCAAGUUCGAGUUCGGGCUGGAUCCUGCGACGAAGGAAGUGGUGCUCGUCGAUGAGGUACUGACGCCAGACAGCUCACGCUUCUGGCCUGCGGAUGGCUACGAGGUUGGAAGGAGUCAGGCAAGCUAUGACAAGCAAUAUUUGCGCGACUGGCUCACCAACUCCGGCAACAAGGGCAGAGACGGCGUAACAAUGCCAGAAGACGUGGUGAAGGCGACCACCGCGAAAUACCGAGAGGCAUACGAAAGGCUGACUGGCACGACAUGGAGGUAGUCUGCUGCUGUUGACGCAGACGGGUAUGCCCUCCGAUCUCAAGUGCUCUCCAGUGCCGUCAAUGUUUGCAUAUAAAGCCCAUCCGCCUGCGAUGCCG